AUGGGUGGUCUUGUUGUCUCUGCCUUCGUGCUGUCUUCUGGGGUGCUUUUCUUGUCCUGCAUCUUCCCAGUGAAUGGACUGUCUAAGGUCAGGGGUGUUAACUUGGGAGGAUGGUUGGUCAUUGAAGGGUGGAUUAAGCCAUCACUUUUUGACGGGAUUCCAAAUGGGGAUAUGCUCGAUGGGACACAGGUGCAGAUCCGCUCAGUGGUAUUGCAUAAGUAUGUUAGUGCGGCUAAUGGUGGUGGCUCAAAUGUGACAGUGGACCGUGAUGUGGCCUCAACGUGGGAGACAUUCAGGCUUUGGAGGGUGUCAGAUAAUGAAUUUCAGCUUCGAUGCCUUGGAGGUCAAUUUUUGACAUCGAACAGUGAAGAUGGUUUGAUCUUGGCAACUGCAAAGCAUCCAUUGUCCACCGAGACUUUCUUCAUUGAAAGGAAUGCUGGAAGGGUUCAUAUCAGACUUUUGAAUGGAGGCUAUGUGCAAGCGACAAACGAUCAUCUGCUUAUUUCCACUUAUCAAUUCCAACCAGGAUGGGAUAAUAAUUUAGCGACAUUUGAAUUGGUGAUUGUUGCCAAUAACUUGCAUGGGGACUACCAGCUUGCCAAUGGUUAUGGUUAUGACAAGGCGAAGAUGGUUUUAGAAGAGCACAGAAGAAGUUUCAUUACAGCAAACGACUUUGAUUUCCUAUCUCGGAACGGAAUUAAUACUGUGAGAAUUCCUGUUGGAUGGUGGAUAACACAAGAUCCUUAUCCACCUUCUCCAUUUGUUGGAGGGUCUUUGGCAGCCCUGGACCUAGCAUUUUCAUGGGCACAAUCUUAUGGAUUGAAAUGUAUAAUCGAUCUUCAUGCUGCUCCUGGUUCUCAAAAUGGAAUGGAACAUAGUGCGAGCAGGGAUGGUUCCGUGGACUGGCCCUCGCCUGAAUAUAUCUCACAAACAUUGGAGGUUAUUGACUUCCUGGCGACAAGGUACGGAGGCCAUCCUUCCCUUUUGGGUAUUGAGCUUCUGAACGAACCUUCUGCAGCUACAGUUCCUUUAGAUGUUCUAGUGUCCUACUAUAUGAGGGGAUAUCAAAUUGUGCGAAACCAUUCAUCAACUGCAUAUGUUAUUCUGUGUCAAAGAAUUGGGAAUGCAGACCCAAUCGAACUCUUUCAAGCUGGUAUUGGUCUUUCAAAUGUUGUAGUUGAUUUACACUACUACAACUUGUUUGAUCCAUACUUUGCCACCAUGAAUUCCACUCAGAAUAUUGAAUUUAUUUACAAGAUGAGAGCACCGCAGUUACAAGACCUUAAGGCAAUGAAUGGGCCUCUUGUCUUCAUUGGUGAAUGGGUUAAUGAAUGGGACGUGCAAAAUGCAUCUCAGUAUGAGUAUCAGAAGUUUGGCAGAGCUCAGUUGGAUGUUUAUGCCAACGCUACCUUUGGGUGGUCAUACUGGACACUUAAGAAUGACAUGAUCCAUUGGGACUUCAAGUGGAAUAUUCAGAAUAAAUACCUAUUAUUCAAAGAAGAUGUUGAGGAAUCAUUUGUUCAGGAUGGAGACAGUAGCGCUGGACCUUACAGAAAGUACAACGGGUGUAGCUGUCUCGAAACUGGCCGGUCCACCGGUGUCGUUAUGGACCCUGACAUGAUUGCCGGAACAGGAGUGGAAGAACUCCCAAACGGCUGUGGUGGCACGGAGUCGUAUCGUAAUGCACCGGCCGGAUCCGCGUGGCGUGGAAUUGGUGAGAGGGUUGUGUGUUGUUCGCCUUCCGUCUUCCGUGACCAUGAGCGUGAGGCGGACGGCUGGACCGGGUCUCGAAGCACAGUGCCCGGCGCCUGA